GUUCAGAACAUUCAGUUGUGCGAAUUAGUAGCGGCGGUUUGGUUGGAUCGCGAAUUUUGCGGAUAAAGUUUUUUUGCAAAAAAAAAGGAUCACAUGAAAUUUGUGAAUUUUUUGACCUAAAUACAUAUACGUAUUUUACCUAAGUACAUAUACGAACCAACUAAAAAUAAAAAUAUGAGUGCAGUGUAAAGUAAAGAGAAAAAGGAUAUGCUUUAUAAAUAGAUAAAAUAAAAUAUAUAAAAUACAGUUUAUAUUAAUUUUUAAUUACUUAAUGCAAUCGAGCUUCAUUUACAAUUAAAAUGUUUUCGACAACAAGGCGAAUUAGCUUCGCAUUAAUUAUUUUAUGUGCUUGUUCAAGGCUUGGCGCGGCAGAACAGGAAGAAAAUGAUCCAUGUGAAACUGAAGAGUAUGGAGGGGUGUGCACCACAAGCCGAAAAUGUUUACAUUUACAGAAUACAAUGGCAGCGAUGGGCCUCAAUAGCAGAUUCGUGGGGAAUUGUGGCUUUACCGUUUAUGAAGAGAUCAUUUGUUGUCCAAACGAAGUGAGAUUUAGAACAACAACCUCUAAAUCUACAGAAUUCACUACGAUAUCAUCAAAAUCCAUUCGCGAUUCGCUAAAGGGGCUUUCGCCCGAGGAAAGUAAGAGAAGAAUCAAAGAGUUAAUGCGAGAAGCAAUGGGUGGAUUAGAACGACCACCAACUAAGAGCAAUCUCACAAGUUUGCGUUCUUUGGAGCGCCCAGCUGAUCGUGCAUGCAAGGAAGUCGAAAAACUGCUAAUGCCUAGUCUCCAAGCGCAUGUACUUGGUGGAGCCCCGACCAAUUAUGGCGAAUAUCCCCACAUGGUUAGACUUAUAUUCGAUUUAGAUAGAUUGAGGUGUGGUGGCGUCCUAAUUGAUAAGCGUUUCGUACUUACGGCUGCGCAUUGCGUGCAAAACAAAUUUGGAAAGCCAAUAAAAGUAGUUUUGGGCGUAAGUGACUUCAAUGAUAAAGCACAGAUUGACUAUCGACAGGAUAUAGAUAUCAAAAAAACCUAUUUACCGCAAAACUACAGUGAGCUUAGCUUUUACGAUGAUAUCGCAUUGAUUGAAUUGGCCAGAGAUGCCGAGUUUAGUCAAGGCGUAGCUCCAACCUGUCUAUACACCAAUCAAAUGGAACUGCCCUAUGAUAUUGAUCUAAUUGUGACUGGUUUUGGGCUAACAGAAAAUAAAAAGGCUUCCGAUCGUUUAUUAGCAGCCAAUUUAACGCACAUACCUGCUUUAUUAUGCGAUAAAAAUUACGCUACUGUCAACGAUAUUCGACUCAACCGCGGCAUUAUCGAUACACAGCUCUGUGCCUUUUCAACGGAUAGUGAUGCUUGCCAGGGUGACUCUGGCGGUCCGAUACAUAUUGUUAAAGAUAAACAUUUUAAUAAUUACCGAGUCGUUGGCAUAGUUUCAUUCGGUUUCGAGUGUGGCUCAGAAUUGCCGGGUGUGUAUACUAGAGUGUCAGAAUAUUUAGAUUUUAUCGAAGCUGUUGUAUGGCCAGAUGGCUAAGUGGUGUGAUUACAUAAGAAAACUGUGUAUUAUAUAUAUUUUAUAUUUAGAUACGUUUUUAUAUUAUUAUUAGUAAAAAUUAGUUAUUAUAAAAAAA